CUGACCGCCCUGGUGGGCGUGCCGAUCAUAGUUGGCGCCAUCUGGUUUGGCCCGCCCUGGCUAACCGUCGUGGUGGUCGCAGCUGCCGUCAUCGGCGUUCGGGAAGCCUACCGCCUGUAUCCGCCGGCUGCCCCGCCAGUUGCCCCGCCGGAUGACGGAGAAUUCCAUGACGGAGCAUCCCCAACCCGACUGCCCAUCCUGCUCGGGGGAACCUGGGCGGUGGCGCUGGUGCUGGCCGGCGAACUGGCGGGGCAGACCCGCGACUUCGUCCUGGCGGCGGCGGUUAUCUGCGUCGUCGGUUGCAUCAUCGCCGGCCUGUGGAUGAUCGCCGCCUGGCACGGCCGCCGCCCCAUCGUGGCCGCGUUGUACCUGGUGGCCGCGCCGGUUUACAUUGGCGGUGCCUUGGCCUGUGCCGUCGCCCUGCGCGCCAUCAUCGGGGACGACAUACCACUACCCACGGAUACGAUUUCCGAAGCGGGCAGCCAAUGGCUGCUACCCACCAUAGACGGCAACGAACUGUCGGGCGGCAAUGGUCUCUCGGACGGCCUGGCUAUCACCGCGCCGGUCGUAGCGCCCGACCAACCGCAAGUUGGCGUCAACGGCGUCUGGCUGCUCCCGCGCCUCGUGGGCGGCGAGUUCGCUGCAACGGUAGCCAACCUGAGUCAGGCCGGAUGCUGGUGGCUGCUGCUGGGCAUCCUCACCGUGUACGCCACCGACACCGGCGCCUACACCGUUGGACGGCUGUUCGGACGGCAUCCGAUGGCGCCCAGCAUCAGUCCCGGCAAAAACUGGGAAGGCGCAGCGGGCGGCAUGGCCGGCGCAGUCAUCGCCGCCGUAGCAUUGGGCGUUCUGUUCCCGUUGCAACUGGAUAUUUGGCAACUGGUGGGCAUUGGUGUUAUGUUAGGCGUCAUUUCGCCAGUCGGCGAUCUGUUUGAAUCCAAAAUCAAACGUUUGGCUGAUGUGAAAGAUUCCGGCAAUCUUUUCCCGGGCCACGGGGGGAUGCUGGACCGGCUGGACAGUUUGUUGCCCUCAUUAACCGUGGUAUACAUCCUGGCGGCAGUUUUCGCCGCAACCUCCUGA